AGCAGGCAGCAGCCAGCAGUCGACUUCGCGCGAGCCGUCGGCCCGUGCCUUCAUGUGCGGUUUUCUCCUCCGUCACUGUCGUACGGGGGGGCUCCGGCCCGGUGUCCGACCUGCCACAGCCGCUGAGAAACGUUUGAGAAAUGUGUCACCCGUGUGCGGAGGAGGCGAGAGACAGCAGCUUUAAUAAAACAGAUAAACCAUCAUGAUUCCCAUCACAGAGCUCCGGUACUUUGCUGACACCCAGCCAGCGUACCGUAUCCUGAAGCCAUGGUGGGACGUUUUCACGGACUACAUCUCCAUAGUCAUGCUGAUGAUCGCGGUGUUCGGUGGUACGCUGCAGGUCACGCAGGACAAGAUGAUCUGCCUGCCUUGCAAGUGGGUAGUCAACAAGUCCUGCGAGAAAAUGCCCAUGCCAAAUGUGAGCAUCCCCUACGCACCAGAACCCAAAGGCAUCCAGUAUGACCUCGACCGCCACCAGUAUAACUACGUCGAUGCUGUCUGCUAUGAGAACAAACUCCACUGGUUUGCCAAAUAUUUCCCAUAUCUGGUGCUACUCCACACUCUGAUCUUUCUGGCCUGUAGUAACUUCUGGUUCAAGUUCCCCCGCACAAGCUCCAAACUGGAGCACUUUGUCUCCAUCCUCCUUAAGUGCUUUGACUCCCCAUGGACAACAAGGGCUUUGUCUGAGACCGUGGUGGAGGAGAGCGACCCCAAGCCUCUGGGGAAAAUGAACGGUUCUUUAGACAAGAAGGCCUCGUGCGUGAGCGAAGACGUGGAGGCCAGCGUGCCAAUGCUCCAACGAACAAAGUCAAGAAUUGAACAGGGAAUCGUAGAUCGCUCUGAAACUGGAGUUCUUGAUAAGAAAGAAGGGGAACAAGCCAAGGCUCUUUUUGAGAAGGUGAAGAAGUUCAGGAUCCAUGUAGAGGAGGGGGACAUUGUGUACCGCCUCUACAUACGUCAGACCAUCAUCAAAGUAAUCAAGUUUAUACUGAUAAUUAGCUACACAGCCUACUAUGUGCACUACAUCAGGUUCAGUGUGGUGUGCACGGUAAACAUUCAGAAACUAACAGGAUACAGCACAUUUUAUUGCGCUCACCCUUUGGCAACUCUUUUCAAGAUAUUAGCCUGCUUCUACAUCAGCUUGGUGGUAGUUUACGGUCUGAUCUGCAUGUACACUCUCUGUUGGAUGCUCAGCCGCUCCCUCAAACGAUACUCCUUCGAAUCAAUCCGUGAGGAAAGCAGUUACAGUGACAUCCCCGACUUGAAGAACGACUUUGCCUUCAUGCUGCACAUGAUCGAUCAGUAUGACCCUCUUUACUCCAAGCGCUUUGCCGUGUUCCUGUCAGAGGUGAGCGAGAACAAGCUGAGGCAGCUGAACCUGAACAACGAGUGGACGCUGGACAAACUGAGGCAGCGCAUCACCAAGAACUCGCAGGAGAAGCUGGAGCUGCAUCUGUUCAUGCUCAGCGGGAUCCCGGACACAGUGUUUGAUCUGGUUGAGCUGGAAGUGCUCAAGCUGGAGCUUAUCCCCGAUGUAACCAUCCCGCCAAUCAUCGCCCAGCUCACCAACCUGAGGGAGAUGUGGCUCUAUCACACGCCCGCCAAAAUUGAGGCUCCAGCUCUAGCUUUCCUGAGAGAGAACCUGAAGUCGCUACAUAUCAAGUUCACAGACAUCAAAGAGAUCCCACUGUGGAUCUACAGCCUGAAGAACCUCACCGAGCUGCACCUUACUGGGAAUCUGAGCGCUGAGAACAAUCGCUUCAUUGUCAUCGAAGGUCUACGGGAGCUCAAAAGGCUCAAAGUUCUACGUCUGAAGAGCAACCUGACCAAGCUGCCACAGGUGGUGACAGACGUAGGCGUGCAUCUCCAGAAGCUCUCCGUCAAUAACGAGGGAACCAAACUGAUGGUGCUCAACAGCCUGAAGAAAAUGGUCAACCUGACAGAGCUUGAGCUGGUUCGCUGCGAUCUCGAACGCAUCCCACACUCCAUCUUCAGUUUGCACAACCUGCAGGAGAUCGACUUGAAAGACAACAAUCUGAAGACAAUAGAGGAGAUCAUCAGCUUCCAGCACCUGCACCGCCUCGUGUGUCUGAAGCUGUGGUACAACCAGAUCGCCUACAUCCCCAUUCAGAUCGGGACGCUCACAAACAUGGAGAGGCUGUAUCUGAACAGAAACAAGAUCGAGAAGAUCCCCAGUCAGCUUUUCUUCUGCCGCAAGCUGCGCUUCUUAGACCUGAGUCACAACAAUCUCACCAGCAUUCACGCUGACGUGGGCUUCCUCCAGAACCUGCAGUACUUCGCAGUCACGGCCAACAGGAUUGAGACUUUGCCCCCGGAGCUGUUCAAGUGCAAGAAGCUGCGAACUCUGAAUCUGGGAAACAACUGCCUGCAGACGCUGCCCUCACGCUUUGGGGAGCUCACCGGGUUGACACAGUUGGAGCUGAGAGGGAACCGGUUGGAGUGUCUCCCAGUGGAGCUCGGUGAGUGUCGGCUGCUGAAGAGGAGCGGCCUGGUGGUGGAGGAGGACCUUUUCAACACACUGCCGACAGAAGUCAAAGAGCAGCUCUGGAGGGCUGACAAGGAGCAAGCUUGAGCCUAAACCUCCUUUUCUCGUAAAAAUACGAGAAGUUUUGACUGAAGGAACAAACAAGCAAUCAUUUAGUUUUUUAAAGAAUGGCAGAUCUCUCAGUAUUUGCAGCAGAGUCGGACAUGCAGGGUCAGAAAGGCGAUGGCUUGUUGGUGCUUCCUUUGCAGGAACUAUAGAAGCACCGAUGUCAACCUUUAAGACCUCAAAGGAUGUCACUAGUUUCUCAUAAAGCUCAACAAAGACAGGUGGUUCAGCAAUGUGGCUUUCCUGUUAAAUCCUCCGAUAUUUAAUGCUGCAAGGAUGCCAGCAGCUGAUGUAGAAUUUGCAUGUCACUGCAGGACCACGCUCAAGCAAACCUGUUUUCAUUUGAGAGAUACAAACAAACAAAUAUAUAAACUUUGCAUGGAUCAGCCCCGCCACAGUGAGCCCAAUGUGCUCACUAUUUCUCAUUUGCUGAUCAUGCACAAAUUAAACCAGUCCAAAACAGUAUUUGCCUAACCUUUCUCUGGCCUUGAGACUUCAGUCUUACUCCUGACAUUUUUACUUUUGCAGCUGUCAGAGUACUGGGUGCAGAUGAAGAUGUAGGUAAAUAAAAGAAAGUGAAACCAGCAGCCAAUUUGUUGGGGCAUGAAGGUUUGCUCCUGUUGUUUUCUCCAGACGUUGUGGUUGCUCAACAUGCUUGGAGGCUUCUUUUUAUGUGAGUGAAAACCUACUCUGAAAGAUGAACAGAUGAACCUGCAGCUGAUCUCCCAGCUUUGGCCUUAACUCGGAGGGAGGGACUGAUGCAACGGCAUCACAGCAACGCUGUCAGAUAUUCAGCGGAGCACGAAUGAGAACAAACUUCACAGUACAAUGUCUAAAUAACCCACGGUUGUUAAUUUAUAACGUCUGCCUAUGUGGCAGGAGAUUUCUUAACAGUGGGGGAGUAACACUUCAUUCUUCUUGGACUUCUUAUUUUGCUUCAAUCUUUACCUUGUUUUUGUUUAUUUUUUGCAUGACUAAAAGCAUCGCACAUUAUUUGCGUGUCUUAUCAAUGUUUAUGAGAUUGACAGAGAUCAGGCCUUUUUUUAAAGGAGGUUAAUAAUUUAUUUAGACGUCAAGUAACAUGAUUUUGUAUUUUCUAAUGCUACCACACACUAGUUUCAUGUUGGGCCCGUUUUUUGGCCACUUUUUUGCCUUUAUUAGAUCGGAAAACUGAAGAAAGAGAUUGAAGGGAGAGAGAAAGGAUGACUUGCAGUAAAGGGCCGGGAUGAGUUUGUGCAUUAGUGAGGUUUGGCAUUUUUAACAUGCUAUUUGGUGAAUGGAUAACAUUGAGAUAAUACCAGAUCAAGUAGAAGUUAUUGACUGAAGGCCACACAUAGAACACAAGACAUUGAGUUUAUUUUGGAACUAAGUCAAAAUCUUAAGUGGAGUUUGUUUAUUUGAAGGCUUUACUGACUAUAUCAAUGAAAAAAAGGUGUCCCAUGGCUGGUUGUCCCUGUACCGAAAAAACUACAGGUUCGAAAACAUUCAGAAAACUCUCAUUUUAUUUCUUUGUUUUUAUGAGAUAAAAUAAACAUGCAAGCUUGCACAAUUCUUAUCACGCACCCUGUAGUUGAUGCAGACCAAUAAAACAAGGAAUCGUAGUACUUGUAUGCCCAUUAUGAUCUUGAAUUAUGAGACUUGAGAUAAUGAUUAUCCUGCAGAUAUGAGACAGGAGAGGUUUAACUCGCUGCCAGGUACUGCCAAUCUGCAAAGGAAAAUGUGAGGAUGUUUGUGACUUAACGUGCUGUUUGUAUGCUUGGUCCCUCUAUUUAUCAUGCUCAGUUUACUCCAAAAUGUCCAAUUAUCCAAAAUGAGGACAAACAGGAGUGUAGGAAACUGACGACUAACAAGGGAAACAUUUGUGAGCUUGAAACACUUUUCUUGUUACGGCCUUGGAUUUACUAGCAUCAUUUGGAGUAACCCUGCUAUGUUCACUCCACCCCGGCAUCUCGUUGCUAAUAUGGCCUUAAUCUUUUACGAGCUCUACGCCCUGUUAAUGAUCACAAACAUCACAUUCAUGUCUUGUUUUUCAUGUGUUGUUGUUAAAUGUAUAGCUUGUUUUGUACAUUUCAGGGGUAUGGUGUGUGCUCUUAUUGUUACCAGCUGUUUUACUUUGAGUUCAGCUUUUUUCAAGAGAUUUAAGGGAAGUUUUUUUACUGUGAUGAGACAAUUGCACCUUUGUUCACAGUGAGGUUUUUUUUUUUUUCACUGAGGCCUUGGCUGAAUCCAAAUGCCCUUCUUGGGGUCAUUAGUGAAGUGCUCCCUACGCAGUCCUGCUCUGAACGAAGAGCCUGAAUGUGUUGACAAGCAACCAGUUUCAAGUUAAAAGACAAGGUCACAGACAAAAAUGAAUGAAACAAAAAAGGAGCAAAAGACAAAAGAGAACGGUCGUAAUUCAAAGGAACUCUAAGCUUUUCCAGCACGUGAAACCAUUUCAAACCUGAAGAUUGUUUUAAGUUGCUUAUCUGCCUUGUUGUACUUGUGCUCUGGUUAACUUUUUUUUAGGGCCGGAUCUAAAGCACAAGCAUGUUUUUUUGUUUUUUGUUGCUUAAUUCUACACAAGGUGACCUGAUAAAUGCCAAACAAUGAAUGUCAAAUAGGCAAAUAUCUGAAAUACGAGCAAGUUAAAGCUCCUGUGAGGAAAUGCUGGUGUGUGUUGAUUUUGGCGCCCCCUGUGGACAAAGCAGUACGUCUUCUUUCUUUACUGCCUUUGUCCUGUUCAUAUGUAGGUUGGGUUUUCUGUAAAAAAAAAAAAAAAAACCUCAUCUAGCUUUUCUUAUUUCAACAGCGUGUUGUAAAAAUGUCUGACACCUACCACCACGACAGCAGUAUGGUUUAGAAAUAAUCAGUGUUCUUGCUGGUUGUAUUGUUUGCUUUUGUAGGCCAUGUUAAUUGAUCAGUAUUCAUUUCACUCACCAGCUAAAAUCUCCUUACAGGAGCGUUAAACUGCAAAAAUGAUCCCGUAUAUCUUGCCCUGUAGCGUCCCAUGGAUAAAGGGACAGUUUGUGAGAAAAUUUUAAUGUCACUUCAAUCUAACUUUGCUCUGUAGCAUUGCUCUCUGUAGUGGUGCAGUGCAGCUGCUAGCACUGCUGACACCAAAUAUCUGCCUCCUGCAGUGCAGCACCAUCAGAGUGUCACAUUGGGAUGUUUGAAAAACUGCCCGUCAGUUAUUGUAUCAAGUUUGUUUUGUUUUUAGCGUGGUGGUUGGAAAGUCACUGCUAAAUGUACUAAGUAUUUCUAACCCCAAAUGCAUUCUUAGAGUUGUUAAAACUGCUUUAAACAUUUUUAAAGAAUAUUCACUUUUCGGCCUUUCUCCGUUUUAUCUGCAGCAUCAUCAGUCUGACAACACACCUGAAGUCAGACAAAGCUUUCUGUCUAAAGUUUUCCUGCUAACUUUACAUUUUUCAUUCUACAAAUAAUUUUCACCUCAGUCAUUUAUUUUUCUGACCUCCGGAGCGGUGACAUCGGCAGUCCAGUCCUCCACAGUCACUUCCCCCCUGAGUCACACGAUGAGCACAGUCAAACCUGUGGCCCCACUCCCUUUUCCCGCAUGUCAGGAGAAAGGGUUGGUGAGUCACUGGGGUGAAGGUCUGAGAUGAGGUCAGCCAGUUGUUAGUGGAGCAUGACGGCAGGAAGUUUUUGGUUACGAAUAAAAUCCCCCAUGACUAUGUGAAAAUGACUGGUGUCAGAAGCACCCCAUUUACAUCCAAACACCUAAAAUAAUCUCAAUGAAUACACUAUAAAGCUUUAUAUUCCAGUCUAUUACGACGCACCAAAUCUGUUUAUUUGAUUGUGUGUUUUUUUAAGUGCACAUUUUUUAAAAUCUGUUUUUUUAUGUUAUUUAUGCCUUAAGUAGUGAGGUUAGUGUGAGAAAGCAUGAUUUAUUUGAAUUCCCAGUGAUUUGUCUGAUGUCUUUAAACACAGCUUUUGUCCCUCCACAAAACAGAAUGUCAGAAACGACUCUCAACAACCUGAAAUCAUGUAAAUGAAAGUGAGCUAACUCUCCUGUUUGGGCAUUGUAUGUAACAGUAACCCUUAUCCUGUGUUUUUUUUCUUUUUUCUUUUGAAACAGUCAUGUGAAUUUCACUUGAACACAAACAUUUUCUAAACUGCCAUGAUUGCAAUGACAUCUUAUCCCUACUCAUGUGUGAUUUCUUCAAAAAACACGUUUGUGUAUUCUGCAUUCUGCUGCCUGUAGAUCAGGGAUAUAUGAAAACUGUUUCACAUCCAUUUCAUCUCUAAGAAUGAGCAUUUUGAUGCUGAACGUGUGUGUAUUAUAGCCAUACAGAAAGCUACCCACUUCACCUCCCAACAGCAAUCACUGUUGAAUCUAAACUGUUAGCUGGAUGGACAGACAUGUUCCAAUCCGCUCUGUCAGUAUCACACGUGACACAAGGCCUUUAUUGAUGAAUCGUUGCCAAGUGGACUGAACACUGGCUUUUUAAAGCAGGUCGUCUGUAACAACGGACAACUGAACUUUGAUUUCCUAAUGUCCAGACGCUACUUUUGUACCAUUCUGACACAUGAUAAUGAAAUAAACACUUAACACUU